AUGGAUACCAACUCAUUGUUGUCAAUAGUAUUGAUCGUUGUCGCAGUGUAUAUUGUAAAGAAUUAUAUACUGUCAUCUGCAGUUCCUCCACCUAAACCUUCGGCCAAGUCAUCAGCCGCUCGUGCCAAGGCCGCAAAGGAUGCCCCAAAGAAGUACUACACGGCAGAGGAGGUGUCUGUACAUGACAAGGAAGAUGAUCUUUGGUUGAUCAUCGAUGGAAAGGUCUACGAUGUUACACCAUACGUUGACAAGCAUAUGGGAGGUUUGGCCAUUAUGAGGAACGCUGGUAAGGACUCUUCAAAGGGAUUCCAUGGCGAUCAGCAUCCAGUCAAGGUGGCACAGAUCCUCGAGGACUUCUACAUUGGCGAGCUGAAAGUUUAG